GCAAAUUAAUAACGAAAGUAAGAUUACCCCUCCCCCACUCUCCUUUAAAAAAAAACAUUCCUCAUCACUCCUGAUUAACUAAUCAUAGCUUACUAUUUUUAUCCCCAAAAUAGGUUUUGUCUUUUUAACCUAGUGCCCAUACAAUGAAUAAAAAGGAUAUGGGGUCGAUGAGGCUAGAUGAAGAAUUUGGAGGAGAUAGGGUGUUGCAUAUUGAAACAGACGAUGAAGAGAAUGAGGCAUCACAUGAUAAUGAAGAAGUUGAUGAUGAUAAUGAUAGUGGAUCUGAUGAUCUAAUGACCAGUCAUUCUCCUCAACCACCUUUUCAUGGCCAACAUGGACCUCUUGAUUCUCCUACUUGGCCUCAAAGUUAUAGGAGGUCAAUGAACAUGUUUACGGGGGUGACCCCUCCAUCACUGAGCUUUUUAAAAGGCAGCGGCGUGUUGAGUUCAGCAUACGUGAGGUCUCAGUCUCCAACACCUCAACAUUCCCUUUGUAAACCUCUCAUUUCUUCUCAAAGCUUAGAAAAGGAAGAAGUUGUUCCAACUUUGAAUCCUUCAAAGUUAUCGAUCGUUUCUUCAGCACCUGAAUUGCCACCAUCACAGCAGUGUUCAUAUAUUCAAUCAGUUCUUAAUGCCAUAAACGCUCUCUGUGGCAUAGGAAUCCUUUCGGUUCCCUAUGCACUCAAAGAAGGAGGAUGGUGCAGUCUUUUCCUGCUGCUUCUUUUCGGAGUCAUUACUUUUUAUACUGGAACUCUUUUGAAAAAAUGUUUAGAAAGUUCUCAUGGUAUUGAAACGUAUCCAGAUAUCGGACAAGCUGCCUUUGGAUUGCUCGGUCGAAUAUUUAUAGCUAUAGCCUUGUACGCGGAACUAUAUUCCUCUUGCAUAGAGUAUUUGAUUAUGAUGAGUGAUAAUCUUGGCGCCGUAUUCCCGAAUAGUCACAUGGAGUUUGCUGGAAUUCAUCUGGAUUCUUAUCAAAUGUGUGCCAUCAUUUCUACCCUUGUCAUACUUCCAACAGUUUGGCUUAGAAAUCUCAGUUUGCUGUCUAUCGUUUCAGCCGGUGGAGUUAUAGCACUGAUUAUCGUGGUGAUCUGCUUGCUGUGGGUUGGAGUGAUCAAUGACGUUGGAUUUCACCCAAGCGGAACAGCUUUAAACAUUGCAAAAUUGCCCGUCACAAUUGGUCUUUAUAGUUUCUGCUAUGGAAGCCAUUCAGUUUUCCCAAAUAUCUACUCAUCAAUGAAAGAACCUUCAAGAUUCCCUUCUGUUCUUCUUAUAAGCUUCAGCAUUGCCUUCUUUUCAUACCUCGGAGUAGCAGUUUGUGGCUUCCUAAUGUUUGGUGAAAACACCAAUCCACAGUUCACUUUAAAUUUGCCAGCAAAACUUAUUACUUCAAAAGUUGCAGCUUGGACAGUCGUCGUAGCCCCUUUAACAAAAUACGCGAUAACAAUUACUCCAGUAGCUUUUGGCAUAGAAGAAUUCUUACCUUCACCUCAGCUUAGAACUUAUGGUGUAUCCAUACUCAUCAGAACACUUCUGGUGUUUUCGACUCUGGUCAUUUCAUUGGCAGUUCCAUAUUUUGGUUCUGUAAUGUCAUUGAUUGGAUCUUCACUAGUAAUGCUUGUGUCUUUAAUCCUUCCUUGUGCAUGCUACAUCAAACUAAGCAAAGAUCGAAUUACGCGAUUUCAGUUUGCAGCUUGCACUUUCGUUAUGGUGGUGGGAGUGAUAUCUGCAGUUGUUGGCACAUAUUCUGCACUCACAAGCAUGGCCUAGUUUGAAAGAUGUAAGGCAUAGUCUCGUUAUUGAUAGAGUGAAAAGAUCUAUCAUUUCUUGAAAUCUCUCUUCUGAUUCAGAAUCGUACUUCCGGGAGUCGGUUUCUUGUACACUAUGCAGAGUGUAGCAUUGAGAAAACAUAGAUCAAAUGUCAAAGUGAAAAGGGGUUCAAAGAAAACAGAAAAAUUAGUCCACCAAUUUUGUAGUAUUGCUCGAGUGAUUAUGAAAUCGAAGUUCUAAUUAGCAAGAAAUUAGAUCUUCAUUCAUAUUUUUGAUUCUUAAUGUUGUUUUUUAAGCCCUUUCUCUUGUAACUAUUCAUUGUAACAAUAGUUAAUCACAUUGUUACCUCAUAAUUUAGCAGUUAAUUAGAGCAGAAGUGUUAUUGA